UCAGGCUCUCAGCAUGAUGGUCUCUUAAGACCAUUAAUUUGCUGAUUGUGUUUAUAUAUACUUUACAAAGGCGUUGCCCUGCACAAGUCUUCUUCUACUUUCUCCAUCCCCAUAGCUUUCACUGCUUCAAUGGCGCAAGAAGAUGAUCAGAGCAAGUGGAAAGUCAAGAAGGAGCUUACGACAUUAGAUGUCGUAAAUCAUUUCGUCUAUUUAGACAUGAAGGACGUGGAGGAACAUAUAUUGAGGCAUUGGAACAAAGACAAGAUCAUAAGAGUAAGAACAGAUUCCACAAAGAUCAUGGUUAAGGAUGUUGACACCAACACCACACACGCAAUUCAUUUUCGCAUUUACGAUUACAAGCCAGAGGCUAAUGCCACGCUAGAAGGCGAAUGGGGUUGGGAUUUUGUUACGCGCAGAGGACUUGGUGCUGGUGACCAGAUUGGGAUUUAUUACGAAAAAACUGGUGAAUCUGAAUUCUGUUUUAGCGUCUUGAAAAAGGUUGCACCUUCGAGUGCAUCAUCCAUACGACCGCUCUCGCAAACAAAUUAAACGUCAAAUAUCCUAAUUUGCUUACUAAUGUAAUUGAUUUAAGUAAUGUUAUUUUUAGGUAGGGUUCUUGGAAUCCAAGUAGAGGAUCUGUAUUCAUAGUUCUUUGAAUAGAGACUUAUAAAUGAAGA